AUGCGUAAGCCGUCGCAGCCGCACUGCGUCCUGGAGCAGGAGCUUCAGAGCUUGCUCCAGGUGCAGCGAACCUUGGUGCAGAACAAGUCGACGCUCGUCGUGGAGCCAUGCCAGGAGGCCGAGAAAGAGGUUCGCGACCGCGUGAGGGCGAUCAAGAACCGACUGGCAGCGAAGAAGUCGAGGGACCAGGCGAGGACGUACGUCCAGAAGCUCGAGAGCUCUCUCAGUCACUUCGUGUCGCACAACGAGACUCUCUCCCAGCGCCUGGCCCUCUCGGAGUCCGACAAGGAGCUGCUGCGAGCUGAGAACCGAAACCUCAAGCGGCAGGUGGUGGAGCUGACGCGAGACCUUCAACGGGCGUCAGCGGAGGUGCAGGCGUUGACGGCGGCUCAGCUGAGCAAGGAGGUGGAAGUGCCUCGAGCUGGAGAGGCAGGUGGGAUUCUCGUGGGCAACUUGAGCCCCCGACCAGCUUUUCAGGUUCCCAUGUGCAGCUACGAAGCGCUCGGGGACUUUGCGGAGUCAGCUGCCUUUGUUUCCGUGGAGGAGUGGAGGAAGGAGAAGAGGAGGAGGCAGAACAGAGAGGCUCAGCGCCGGCAUCGAGAGCGUCAGCUCUGCUUGCACAACAAGAACAUCCCCAUGCAGCUCAUGGAGAAGGAGAGGAAGGAAGAAGCUGAUAGCCCUCUCGUCAAGGGCGAGAGCUGUGAAGCAUCCUCGAGCCCUGAGCAGCUAUCGGACGAUACUUGCUCCCUUGAGGGCUUCACCGAUGCCGUCUUCGAUCCGCCGGGAGGCCUCGCCGUCUCCUCCGUCGCAUGUUGUGGGGGCCUCGCACAACCGGGAGCGCAGGAGGAGCAGGAGGAGGCGAUGGGGUUCAACGACGGGGAGGUGACGUACAAGUCGCAUCAGGAUGGAGACAUGUUCCUGUUCUAG